AUGGCAGCCUCGGAAGCACAGAAGCAGCAGCAGCCAGUAUUGCAGCAGCAGCCACCCAUGGCCCAGCCGCAGCCUCCCAAGGAGAAUACUUCUGCCAAGCUGGCAGCAGCCUUUCACACCGCCGCCCUGGCCGCUCUUAACAAGCGUCUGCAUGCCAGCUUGACGGCCGUUAUGCAGCAGACUGCGGGGCAGGCCAAGGCGCAGCUUGAGCUGCAGGGCACUUUGAGGCAGCGCGGCGAGCAGCUACAGUCAGAGGUUGCAACACUGCAGGCUGAGCGGGUGGCCCUGGAUAAAUUGAGCCAGGAGCUGGCAGCCAGCAGCGCGCACUUGGAUAGGUGGCUGGCAGAGAAUGAACAUUUGGCAAAGGCGGCAGACGACCCCUCGCAGCUGGACCCCGAUUCUGUGAUCUCAGCCGCAGACCCACUGUCGCAGCAGGCACUGGAGGUGCAGGCGCAGGACUUGGCGCUGGAGGAUGCGUUGUAUGCUCUGGACAAGGCGUUGAAUCAAGGCACCAUCGAGGCGGAUGCAUACCUGAAACAGGUUCGCGCAGUGUGCAGGCGUCAGUUCUUUGUUCGAGUGUGUGGCAAUAAGGUGGCCGCGGCGCAGCAGGAGCAGCAGCGCAAGGCGCCCCAGACGCAGCAGCAGCUGCCUCGACCACAGCCAGAUCUGAUUGUCGACACCACCCGCUGA